AUGGUUCCCUGCUGGAACCAUGGCAACAUCACGCGCUCCAAGGCAGAGGAACUGCUCUCCAGGACGGGCAAGGACGGGAGCUUCCUUGUGCGUGCCAGUGAGUCCAUCUCCCGGGCCUAUGCCCUCUGCGUGCUGUAUCGGAACUGCGUUUACACUUACAGGAUUCUGCCCAAUGAAGACGAUAAGUUCACUGUUCAGGCAUCUGAAGGGGUCCCCAUGAGGUUUUUCACCAGGCUGGACCAGCUCAUUGAGUUCUACAAGAAGGAAAACAUGGGCCUGGUGACCCACCUGCAGUACCCGGUACCGCUGGAGGAGGAGGACACUGGUGACGAGCCCGAGGAGGAGACCGAAUGUGUCAUGGCUCCGCCUGAGCUGCCCCCAAGGAACAUCCCUUUGUCUGCCGGGCCCUGUGAGGCCAAGGAGGUUCCUCUUUCAAGCGAGAACGCCCGAGUGCCGGAGUCCAGCAGGCCGACCCUCUCCGAGACGUUACUUCAACGGCUGCAGAGCAUGGACACCAGUGGGCUCCCAGAUGAGCAUCUUAAAGCCAUCCAGGAUUAUAUAAGCACACAGCUCGCCCUGGACUGUGAGUUUGUGAAGACAGGCUCCAGCAGCCUGCCUCACCUGAGGAAACUGACCACCCUCCUGUGCAAGGAGCUUUAUGGCGAGGUCGCUCGGACGCUUCCCUCCCUGGAGUCCCUGCAGAGGCUGUUGGACCAGCAGCUGUCCCCUGGCCUUCGCCCACGUGCUCAGGUGCCAGGUGAGGCCAAUCCCGUCAACAUGGUGGCCAAGCUCAGCCAACUGACAAGUCUGCUGUCCUCUAUCGAAGAUAAGGUCAAGGCCCUGCUGCACGAGGGUCCUGAGUCUCCCCACCGGCGCUCCCUCAUCCCUCCAGUCACCUUUGAGGUGAAGUCGGAGUCCUUGACGAUUCCCCAGAAGGUGCAGCUCAAGGUUGACGUUGAGUCUGGGAAACUGAUCAUUAAGAAGUCCAAGGACGGCCCUGAGGACAAGUUCUACAGCCACAAGAAAAUCCUGCAGCUCGUCAAGUCUCAGAAGUUCCUGAACAAGUUGGUGAUUGUGGUGGAAACCGAGAAGGAGAAGACUUUGCGGAAGGAAUAUGUCUUUGCUGACUCUAAAAAGAGGGAAGGCUUCUGCCAGCUUCUCCAGCAAAUGAAGAACAAGCACUCGGAGCAGCCAGAACCAGACAUGAUCACCAUCUUCAUUGGCACCUGGAACAUGGGUAACGCCCCCCCUCCCAAGAAGAUCACGUCCUGGUUUCUCUCCAAGGGGCAGGGAAAGACGCGGGAUGACUCCGCGGACUACAUCCCCCACGACAUCUACGUGAUUGGCACCCAGGAGGACCCCCUGGGGGAGAAGGAGUGGUUGGAGAUCCUCAGGCACUCCCUCCAGGAGAUCACCAGCAUGACCUUUAAAACGAUGGCCAUCCACACCCUGUGGAACAUCCGCAUUGUGGUGCUGGCCAAGCCGGAGCAUGAGAACCGCAUCAGCCACAUCUGCACGGAUAACGUCAAGACGGGUAUCGCCAACACGCUGGGUGAGCAGGGGCGCCGUUCCUUCAUUGUCCUGGCCCUGGGCGACAAGAGGCUGAGCCCCUUUAACAUCACUCACCGUUUCACCCACCUCUUCUGGCUCGGAGAUCUCAACUACCGCGUGGAGCUGCCCGUCUCGGAGGCAGACGCUAUCAUCCAGAAGAUCAAGCAGCAGCAGUAUGCGGACCUCCUGGCGCACGACCAGCUGCUGACGGAGCGGAGGGAGCAGAAGGUUUUCCUGCACUUUGAGGAGGAGGAAAUCACAUUCGCACCGACCUACCGUUUUGAAAGACUGACUCGAGACAAAUACGCCUACACUAAGCAGAAAGCCACUGGGAUGAAGUACAACCUGCCCUCGUGGUGUGACCGUGUCCUCUGGAAAUCAUACCCCCUGGUGCACGUGGUAUGUCAGUCCUACGGCAGUACCAGUGACAUCAUGACCAGUGACCACAGCCCCGUCUUUGCCACGUUUGAGGCAGGGGUCACCUCCCAGUUUGUCUCCAAGAAUGGCCCCGGGACUGUGGACAGCCAAGGGCAGAUCGAGUUUCUCAGCUGCUAUGCCACACUGAAGACCAAGUCCCAGACCAAAUUCUACCUUGAGUUCCACUCCAGCUGCUUGGAGAGCUUUGUCAAGAGUCAGGAGGGAGAAAACGAAGAAGGAAGCGAAGGGGAGCUGGUGGUGAAGUUUGGCGAGACCCUUCCGAAGCUGAUACCCAUCAUCUCUGACCCCGAGUACCUGCUGGACCAGCACAUCCUAAUCAGCAUUAAGUCCUCCGACAGCGACGAGUCCUAUGGUGAGGGCUGCAUCGCCCUACGGUUAGAGGCCACGGAAACCCAGUUCCCCAUCCACACGCCUCUCACCCACCAUGGAGAGAUGACAGGACACUUCCGUGGGGAGAUUAAGCUGCAGACGUCCCAAGGCAAGAAGAGAGAGAAGCUCUAUGACUUUGUGAAGACAGAGAGGGAUGAGCCCUGUGGACCCAAGUCUCUGAAGAGCUUCACCAGCUACGACCCCACAAAGCUGCUGGAACCCACCAACAGGGUCCCUCCAUGCACUGGCCCCAGCAUCACCGAGAUUAUGAACCCCAACUACAUGGGCGUGGGGUUGUUUGGGCUGCCGAUGCCCCUGCAUGGGAAGCAGGCCCACUCCCCUGACCAACAGUCCACAGCUUGGAGCUACGAUCCAGUGCCCAAGGAUACCUCGCUCGGGCCCGGAAGAGGGGAAAGCCCUCCAACACCACCCUCCCAGCCACCCGUAUCACCCAAGAAGUUUUCACCGUUGUCAGCAAGCCGAGGGCCCUGCCUCAGGACACAAGAGUCAAGGCCCGGUGACUUGGGGAAGAACAUGGCUGAACCCUCACUUCAGGAGGACCUGCUGCUGACGAAGCCGGAGAUGUUUGAGAACCCGCUGUACGGGUCUGUGAGCUCCUUCCCUAAGCUGGUUCCCAGGAAGGAGCAGGAAUCCCCCAAGAUGCUGAGGAAGGAGCCCCCACCCUGCCCGGAUCCCGGAGUCUCCUCACCCGCCAUCUUGCUCACCAAGGCCCAAGAGGUGGAGAGCUCUAAGGGGACUAGCAAGCAGGGCCUCACGCCCUUCCUCAGCCCCGCACCCCGGCUCCGCUCCUUCACCUGCUCCUCCUCCGCUGCAGAGGGCAGAGUGGCGGCCUGUGGGGAAAAGACCCAAGGGAAGCCCAAGCCGCCAGCCAGCUCCCAGGCGCCAGUGCCGGCCAAGAGGCCCGUGAAGCCGUCCCGCUCAGAGAUGAGCCAGCAGACCCCAUCCGUGCCCACACAGCAUCGGCCGCCCCUGCCCGCCAAGAGCCCGGCCGUGCUGCACCUGCAGCACUCCAAGGGCCGUGACUACCGUGACAACAGUGAGCUCCCAUACCACAGCAAGCACCGGCCUGAGGAGGGGCCACUCAGCAGGACCGCCAUGCAGGUGCGCACGGGGGCACACACAUUGAAGCCCCCAGGAGCCGCCAGCGAGACAGGAAGCCCAGGGAGCAGCAGGCUGCCCAGCGUCCUGUCGGCUGCCCCCGAUGCAUCUUCAUGA